UGACCUGACUCCCCCUCCCCACCUCCGAACAAGGGAAGGAGGCGACGGUCUGGGGUGGCAGGGCAGACUGGGGCAGGAGCUAGAAGGCCCGGUUGAGGGUAGAGGACUCCGGAGUCCUGGCCUGGAAACAGCAGGCUCCAGGGAGCCCUGGCGGUGGCUGCAUCUGGGGACCGAGGAGGAAGAGGAGGCACCAGCUAAUGCUGCGAGGAGAAGCAGGGGCCAAUGCUGCGCCUGGAGGAAGGGAGGCUGCGGAUGGACGAGUCCCCGGAACCGGAGAGGGAAGAGAGGCUGCUGGCGCUGCUGGGCCUGGUAGGCACAGCACUCAACCUGCUGGUCCUCGUCUGUGUCUACGUCUACACCACCCUCUGAGCUGAUGUCACCUACUUGGGGCGGGGCCCGGGAAAACCCUCUAAGGUUUUCCUUAGAGUCUAUGGAGCUGGAGGCGGGGCCUUUACAUCUUCUGAAGACUAGCCCCUACUGCUGCCUCCACCACCGCCCCCUCCUCCUGCUCCUCCUCUUGCUGCUGCUGCUACUGGUUCGCGAGCCGCGCCCAGGCCGGGCCGUCGGGGCUGCAGGGACACCGGGGAGUAGAGGCCGGGGCCGCCCAGGGGGCCAGGCCCGCCCUGCAGCUGCCUGCCGCCGCUGCUGCGCUGGACGCCCUCCACGCCCGGGCCCCUGUUCUAGAGCUCCCUGUUCGUCUCCGCAGUGCCCACCAGGGGAGCAGUGUGUAGCUCCUCAGCUGUGCCCCUGUCGGCCCGGCUGUCGAGCUGUUCGGGUUCCCCGGGCCACAGCGGCCCCCACCCCCAGCCCCGUGCCAGUCACUCGUAGAGAGGCCUCCCUCACCUGGCAGCCGUUGACGCUGCAAGAGGCCCGGGCACUGCUGCAGCGCCGCCGACCCCGAGGGCCAGGACACAAGGGCCUUCUGCGGAAGAGGGGUCCCGAACGGGCCCCAUUGACUAGUGAGCGAGGGGCGUCUGGCGGAGCCCCCAUCUUGUGUCCACUCUUGUGCCACAAUGGGGGUGUGUGUGUGAAGAAAGACCGCUGUCUUUGCCCCCCGGACUUCGCGGGCAAGUUCUGUCAGCUGCCUGCCUCCCGCACACGUCACGAGGCACCUCCGCCUCCCCCUCCGGGGGUCACCAAGUCGGUGUACACGCUGCCCCUGGCCAACCAUCGGGAGGAAGAGGACGGCGUGGCCUCCCUGGUGAGCGUGCAUGUGGAACACCCCCAGGAGGCUUCAGUCAUUAUCCACCAAGUGGAGCGUGUGAGCGGCCCGGGGCCCACAUUGGGCCCCGAGGAAACGGCGGCUACGGGCCAGGGCCAGGCCCGGACCUCGGGGGUGCCGUCGGACCGUGCCGCCUUGUACACGGUGCUGGCCCAGAGCAGCCCCCGGGGUGAGGAGGAAGAGGGCGGCGGUUACACUGACGCCUCAGGCUUUGGGUACUGCUUCCGACAGCUCCGCGAAGGCGAGUGCGCGUCCCCCCUCCCAGGGCUACGAACUCACGAGGUCUGUUGUCGAGGGGCUGGAUUGGCUUGGGGAGUUCACGACUGCCAGCCGUGCUCCGAGCACCUAAGCAGCGUAGGCCGAGUGGGAUCCUCAGACGCAGCCUGCCCCACUGGCUUUGAAAGAGUCAACGGCUCCUGCGCCGAUGUGGAUGAGUGCGCUGAGCCAGGGCGGUGCCAACACGGGGAGUGCGCGAACACUCGCGGCGGCUACACGUGCGUGUGCCCCGACGGCUACCUGCUAGAUUCAUCCCGGAGCAGCUGCAUCUCCCAGCAUGUGAUCUCAGAGGCAAAGGGCCCCUGCUUUCGGGUACUCAGGGCUGGAGGCUGUUCGCUGCCCAUCCUACGCAAUAUCACCAAACAAAUCUGCUGCUGUAGUCGGGUGGGCAAGGCCUGGGGCCAUAGCUGCCAACUGUGCCCACCUUUUGGCUCAGAGGGUUUCAGGGAGAUAUGCCCAGCUGGACCUGGCUACCAUUACUCAGCCUCUGACCUCAGAUAUAACACUCGCCCCUUGGGCCAGGAGCCACCCCGAGUACCCAUCAGUCAGCCUCGGAUACCUCCACCUGUCACCCCAGCACCCCCAGUCUGGGCCCCUACAGUUGUCUGGAGCUACCCACAUACUUCCCGCCCAGAGUCUAGACCCAGACACCGGCCUCAGCCCCAGCCUAGGCCUGAGGAACCCCUACCCACUGUCCCCAUCCAGCCAAUUCCUGAAUUCCCUGAAAGAGGCCCAGUGGCAGGGGGCGUGUGUCAGCGGAACCCCCAGAUAUGUGGCCCAGGGCGAUGUAUCCCCCGCCAGGGGGGUUACACAUGUGUGUGUGACUCGGGCUUCUGGCUCAGCACCCAUGGCACACACUGCAUCGAUGUGGAUGAGUGCCGCCAGGUACCCCGACCCUGUGCCCAUGGGCGCUGUGAGAAUUCAGCAGGCAGCUACCGCUGUAUCUGUGCUCCUGGUUUCCAGGCUAGUCCACAGGGCACUGAAUGUCAGGAUGUGGAUGAAUGUGUCCAGCAGCCCUGCACCAAUGGGCGUUGUGAGAACACUCCUGGUAGCUACCUGUGUGUUUGUCCAGCUGGGUACAAGGCUGCUCCCCAUGGAGCUGGCUGCCAAGACAUCAACGAAUGUGCCCAGAGCCCAGGGCCCUGUGGCUGGGGCCACUGUGAAAAUCUGCCUGGCUCUUACCGCUGUUCUUGCCCACCUGGCUUCCAAGGCCCUGAGUGUGAAGACAUAGAUGAGUGUGCCCGGGACCCCCCUCCCUGUGGGCCUGGCCGAUGUGACAAUACAGCCGGAAGCUACCACUGCGCCUGCCCUGCUGGAUACCGCUCCCAUGGGCCUGGCGCACCAUGUGUUGACGUGGAUGAAUGCCAGCAAACCCCGCCGCCCUGCAGCUACGGACGCUGUGAGAAUGUGGAUGGCUCGUACCUGUGUACCUGUCCCACUGGCUUCCGGCUCAACGCCGCGGGCCAGGCUUGUGAGGACAUAGACGAAUGUGAAAAUCACGUGGCCUGCCCGGGACAGGAAUGUGUCAACUCGCCAGGGUCCUUCCAGUGCCGGGCUUGUCCCGUCGGCCACCGAUUGCUCCAGGGGCGCUGUGCUGACGUGGACGAGUGCAGUUCAGGCGCCCCCUGCGGGCCCCACGGGCAUUGCACCAACACGGACGGUUCCUUCCGUUGCAGUUGCGAGCCUGGCUACCGGCUCCCACCAGGCGGGCGAUCCGGUCCUUGCGCAGACGUGAACGAGUGCCUGGAGGGAGACUUCUGCUUUCCUCACGGGGAGUGUCUCAACACCGACGGCUCCUUCGCCUGCACGUGUGCUCCGGGUUACCAGACUGGCCCCCGCGGAUCUUCCUGCAUCGACGUGGACGAGUGCCGGGAUGGAAGCUUGUGCCAGGGAGGCCUUUGCACCAACACCGAUGGCUCCUUCGAGUGCGCCUGUCCUCCGGGGUACCGCGCCAGUGCCGACCUGACCUCCUGCAGCGAUGUGGACGAAUGUCGCGAAGGAGGGUCAGCCCUGUGUGGGACCCAGCGCUGCGAGAACUCCCCAGGCUCCUACCGCUGCGUCCGCGACUGUGACCCGGGUUACCAUGCGGGUCCCGAAGGCAACUGUGAUGAUGUAGACGAGUGCAGGGAAUACGGACCCUCACUGUGUGGGGCCCAGCGUUGUGAGAACACUCCGGGCUCCUACCGUUGUGUCCCCUUCUGCGACCCGGGCUACCAGCCCACUCCCAGCGGUGGCUGCCAGGAUGUGGAUGAAUGUCGGAACCGCACCUUCUGCGGGGCCCAUGCCACGUGUCAGAAUCUGCCAGGCUCCUUCCAGUGUCUCUGUGACCAGGGCUAUGAAGGAGCCAGGGAUGGGCGCCACUGUGUGGAUGUGAAUGAGUGUGAGACCCUCCAGGGCGUGUGUGGGGCCGCACUGUGUGAGAAUGUAGAAGGCUCCUUCCUCUGCGUUUGCCCCACCAGCCCUGAUGAAUUUGACCCCAUGACUGGGCGCUGUGUUCCCCCAAGACCCCCUGCAAGGUUGAGUCCUCAGCUGCCCUCGAGCCCAGGGCUCCCUGCCCGACCACCACCUCAACCAGCUCCUCCUCGUAGGCCCACAGCGCCAAGGCCAGGCCCCGGCCCUGGGGCUAGCAGUGGGCGAAGGGAGUGUUAUUAUGACACAGGGGCCCCUGACGCCUGUGACAACAUACUGGCCAGGAAUGUCACCUGGCGGGAAUGCUGCUGCACUGUGGGCGAGGGCUGGGGUAGUGGCUGCCGCAUCCAGCAGUGUCCAGGCCCCGAGACAGCGGAAUACCAGUCUCUGUGCCCACAUGGCCGGGGUUACCUGUCCCCCCCGGGAGACCCCAGCGUCCGGAGAGAUGUGGAUGAAUGUCUGUUGUUCGGGGACCAGGUGUGCAAGAGUGGGGUGUGCGUGAACACAGCCCCUGGCUACUCCUGUUACUGCAGUAAUGGCUACUACUACCACACCCAGAGACUGGAGUGUAUAGACAAUGAUGAGUGUGCAGAUGAAGAAGAGGCAUGUGAAGGAGGCCAAUGUGUCAACACUGUGGGCUCCUACCAUUGCACUUGUGACCCUCCAUUGGUACUGGAUGGCUCCCGGCGGCGUUGUGUGACCAAUGACAGUCAGAGUCUGGAUGACAACCUGGCUGUGUGCUGGCAGGAGGUGGGACCAGACCUGGUGUGUAGCCGCCCUCGACUAGACCGGCAGGCCACAUACACUGAAUGCUGCUGUCUUUAUGGGGAGGCUUGGAGCAUGGACUGUGCUCUGUGCCCAGCCCGAGACUCAGAUGACUUUGAGGCGCUGUGCAACGUCCUUCGCCCACCGGCCUACGGCCCAGCCCGCCCAGGAGGCUUUGGGAUCCCCUACGAAUAUGGACCAGACUUUGGACCAGGCUAUGGAGGUCUCCCCUAUGGACCAGAGCUGUACCCACCCCCACCCCCACCAGUCCCGGGGCUGGGCUAUGACCCUUACCCACCUCCUCCGGGGGCCCUGCCUUUCCCUGGCCCAGGUAGCCCCUAUGGCCCACCACCCUUUGAGGUGCCUGACUUUGACUCCGUUGCUGCUGGGGCCUAUGGGGAUUCUGAGGGCCGCCCACCUCUGGACUCUACCGCCCGAUGGCGUUAUCGGCCCAGGGACACGGGUGGCUCCUUCCCAGAGCCUGAGGAGGAAGAGGAAGAGGAAGCUGGAGCCCCCUAUACUGCUGCCCGCUAUGAGCCCUUCGAGGGGCUGCAAGCCGAAGAGUGUGGCAUCCUGGACGGCUGUAACAACGGGCGCUGCAUCCGAGUGCCCGAGGGCUACACUUGUGACUGCUUCGAUGGCUACCGGCUGGAUAUGGCCCGCAUGGCCUGCGUGGACAUCAACGAGUGUGAGGAGGCGGAUGACCGGACCUCGCUGUGCGUCAAUGGGCGGUGCCUCAACUCUGACGGCUCGUUCCGAUGCAUUUGCCGCCCGGGCUACAUGCCUUCUCAUCAGCCUCACCGAUGUGUCCCUGCCCGCCCUCAGGCCUGAGCUGGGCCGUCUCACCCGCCGUGGGCUUGGCUGAGCCAGAGAAGGGCUUGUGGACGAAUCUGAGCCCGAGCCCCUGAGAGCUUGCUUUCAUCAGGGGCUGGGCCCGUUCAACAUGGCCCCAGGCCAGUCCCAUCUACUGUAUACCCCCACCCCGCUACACAGCACACCAGUGUCCCUUCCCGUACACGCUUUGCCUCACUCCUCUGCUCAAACGCACGGGACGCAUGACUGGAUGGAGAGAUGGGCAGAGGGACAGACAGAUACCACUCCAGAUACAUGCCCUCCACCUCAGCCCUGGCUCCACAGCAAUCCUUUUCCUCUUCCCCCAAAGGAACUGUGAGGCCCAGAGGCAUGAGUACCUGGGUCCUGGCUUAUACCUCCCCGCCCUAUCCCCUGACACCUCCCCUACCUUUUUUUUUUCAAUAAAUUUCCUUUUUCUA